UCUCUCUCUCUCUGUCCUUCCAAGUCUGCAACAAAAAUGACAACUAUCAAGAGCUCUGUAAUGGCAACCUUUUUCAUUCUCCUUCUCUGCAACUCAACCUUUGCUGGUCCAAUCAAGACAGUGGUGGUUCUUGUAAUGGAAAACCGUUCGUUUGACCACAUGUUGGGUUGGAUGAAAAAACUCCACCCAGAAAUCAAUGGUGUUGAUGGUACGGAAUCCAACCCUCUUUCCACCACUGACCCCAACUCUUCUCGCAUCUUCUUCCAAGACCAGUCUCACUACGUCGACCCAGAUCCUGGUCACUCCUUUCAAGCCAUUAGAGAACAGAUCUUUGGUUCUAAUGAUACCUCUGCUUCUCCAGCACCCAUGAAUGGUUUUGCCCAACAAGCCUUUUCCAUGUCCACCAACAUGUCGCAAAGUGUAAUGAAUGGCUUUCAACCUGAUAAAGUGGCUGUCUACAAGGCUCUUGUAUCUGAAUUUGCUGUUUUUGACCGAUGGUUCGCUUCUGUCCCUGCUUCGACACAGCCUAAUCGUGUCUAUGUUCACUCUGCAACCUCUCAUGGGGCCACCAGCAACAUCGCUUCUCUUCUUGUAAAAGGGUAUCCACAGAGAACUAUCUUCGAACAGUUGCACGACGCAGGGUAUUCCUUCGGAAUAUACUACCAGGAUAUACCAGCAACGCUUUUCUACGGGAAUCUGAGGAAGAUUAAGUUCAUGACAAAGUUUAGGCCAUAUGGAUUGUGGUUCAAGAACGAUGCAAAAAAAGGGAAGUUGCCCAACUAUGUGGUGGUGGAGCAGAGGUACACAGAUUCCAAAAAAACGCCGGCGAACGACGACCACCCGUCACAUGAUGUGUAUGAGGGGCAGAUGUUUGUGAAGGAGGUGUAUGAGACGCUGAGGGGGAGCCCACAGUGGAACGAGAUGGUGUUGGUGAUAACAUAUGAUGAGCAUGGUGGGUUCUAUGAUCAUGUGCCUACGCCGGUCACAGGAGUGCCUAGCCCAGAUGGGAUUGUUGGGCCGGAGCCGUUCUUGUUCCGGUUCGAUCGGUUGGGGGUGAGGGUGCCAACCAUCAUGGUCUCUCCUUGGAUUAACAAGGGUACAGUCGUUCAUGGGCCAAAUGGGUUUCCUUUUCCUACCUCCGAGUUUGAGCACUCAUCCAUUCCAGCAACAGUGAAGAAAAUCUUCAACCUCUCCUCUCCAUUCCUAACAAAAAGAGACGAAUGGGCUGGCACCUUUGAAGGCAUUUUUCAGAGCAGGACCCAACCAAGAACUGAUUGUCCAGAGCAACUGCCUACACCAGUAAAGAUAAGGCAAGGUGAAGCUAAUGAAGAUGCACAGCUAAGUGAAUUCCAACAGGAAUUAGUGCAGCUUGCAGCAGUUCUGAAAGGUCAUGAUCUCCUAACUAGUUACCCUGAGAAGAUUGGGAAGCAAAUGACUGUUAAGGAAGGGCAUCAAUACAUGGCGAACGCCGUUAAAAGCUUCUUCGAGGCUGGAUUUUCAGCAAUGAAAAUGGGUGUGGACGAAGAACAGAUUGUCAAGAUGAGACCCUCACUUACCACCAGAUCUUUCUCACCUUCAACUAUACACCCUUGAAAUC